UACAGAGUGGCGGAAGAUACUUUACACCGAUAAGGUAGGUAAAAAAAGAAUAAAGUUUUUAUUUUUAUUUAUUUUCACAGAGACUGACUUCAGCUUUGAGCUCGAGUUCUGUUUUUGUUUUCUCGGAGCAGCAGCGGUCGAUGACUGACAAUAAAAAUGUCCUCCCAGGUCAGACUCAGGCUGCUGCCCAGCGCCAGGUGUUUGUUUGACGACCUCCUCCAGGUGAAGGUGUCGGGGCUGAGGUCCAGGCAGGUGGUGGCACUGAAGGCCAGCUCCACGGAUGACAAGGGGGUGGAGUUCAGAUCCAGCGCCACCUACAGGGCCGACGGCCUCGGGGAGCUGGAUCUGCACAGAGACCCGUCCCUGAGCGGGAGCUACGUGGGCGUCGAACCCAUGGGUCUGCUGUGGUCCAUGAAGGCCGACACGCUGCACCAAAGGUUUCAAAAGACAAACUCGCUGAAGCCCAAUGUGGUGAGGUUCUCUGUGCAUGAAGUGGAGGGGCGGGGGCAGGGAGAGGGCAGGACGCUGGCCGAGUUGGUGGCUGAGAGGCUUAUGAUGGCUGACGGAGUCCAACGACGGCCCGUGAAAGACGGAAACGUACGAGGAGUCCUGUUCACGCCACCUGGACCAGGUCCAUACCCUGCUGUGUUGGACCUGUACACCUUCGGUGGAGGUCUGUCUGAGAAGAGAGCCGCCCUGCUGGCCGGCCGAGGGUUCGUGGUGAUGACCGUAGCUCUGUACGGGAUCGAUGACAUGCCGAAGAACAUCAGCGAGAUUCACCUGGAUUAUUUUGAAGAAGCCAUCGAGUUUUUAAAAAAACAAGACAAGGUCGGCAGUAAAAGAGUCGGGUUAACGUCCCUUUCCAAAAGUGGAGACCUGGUGCUCUCUAUCGCCUCCUUCCUGCCGAACAUUGACGCCACCGUGUGGAUCAACGGCUGCUCUGCCAACACGGUGUUCCCCCUCUAUUACAAGAAGAAACAGAUCCUGUCGGUUCUACCGUUCGAUGUCAGCAAAGUGGUCUCCACCGAGUCCGGAGCCUUCAUCACCAAGAACGCCAUCCCUGACCCGGCAGCUGAGGAGAACCGGGCCUCGCUGAUCCCCAUCCAACAAGCCUCGGGGCGCUUCCUCUUCGUGGCGUCGGAGGACGACAACAACUGGGACAGCCCGGCCUUCGUGGACGAGAUGACGCAGAGACUGAGGCAUCAUGGGAAGGACAACUUUGAGGUCCUCAUUUGCCGUGGGUCGGGGCACUACCUGGAGCCGCCCUACGGGCCGUACUGCGCCUCCAGCUUUCACGGGUUUUUAGGGAAACCAGUUGUGUGGGGGGGCCAGGCCAAGUCCCACGCUGCGGCUGAAGUCCAACUGUGGAAGAAGAUCCAGGAGUUCCUCAGAGCUCACCUGAGCUGUGACUCCACCCAGGAGAAGGCCAAGUUAUAG